AUGGUACAUGUCAAGUGUGGCAAGGAUGCCUCCUGCUACAGAGAAGGAAAAUGCCGCUUAAACUUUCCCAAGGCUUUUAGGACUGAAUCUCUCCUGAACUACAAAGGCUUUGUACAGUAUCGCAGGCCAGACAAUGGUUGUACCGUGACUAUUGGUACGAACCAGUAUGACAACAGGCACAUUGUUCCGUAUAACCCGUACCUGCUUCUCAAAUACCAGUGCCACAUCAAUGUCGAGAUCUGCUCUUCUAUGCAGGCCACAAAAUAUCUGUACAAGCACAUCCACAAGGGUCACGAUUCGGCUGUAAUGCAAGUCGAUGAUAUUGUGAGGGACGAGGUGCAGUCCUUCAUUGACUGUCGCUUCAUCAGUUCCCCAGAAGCGU